AUGAAUAACUGGCAACAUUCAUUUAACAACCCCGUCGAUCUAACAGACCACUUACAGAAACCCUAUUUGCGCUUUGAUAACAAGACUAAAGAUGCUACGAAAAUAGUAUUUGACGACAGGACAAAUUUGGUUUGGGCUGGUGAUACAUAUGGUUGUGUCUCGUCAUAUGAUCCCUCUUUCUCCCUCUACACUAGAUUCAGAGCUCACGUGGGCGCUAUACCAGUCAGGGACUUGUUGAGCCACAGGGAAGGUAUUUUAUCAUUAAGUGAAGAUUCACUUCAUUUUUCUAAUAGAAGAGGUGUAACUAUGUUUAACCUUACUAGUAUUGACAUUGCAACGUUUAGUGGAUUGAAGGCAAUGUGUUAUUCCUCACAGGAAAAACAACACAAACUGUACUGUGCAGGGGAAAAUACCUCUACGGGUAUCACUUGUGUGGACCUUAAGAAGGGACAAUUUGAGAAUGUGGUCUAUUACAAUUCCAAAGUAAAACUUUUGGCGUCUAAUAAUAAGCUUAUCUGUGUUGGGAAACAAUCCGGUUCUGUCGAUUUGUUAGAUCCAAACUCUAACCAAAUUGUCAAAUCAUUUUCAGCUCAUUCAUCUACCAUAUCAGGAAUGGAUAUUCGUGACUAUACUCUUGUCACCGUCGGAAAAUCUGAAAGAUUUUCGAAUCAAUAUGCUGACCCAUUUGUUAACGUUUACGAUUUAAGAAAUAUGAAACAACUACCACCAAUAUCAUUUUCAAAAGGGACAACCAUGGGUUCAGGGGGUGCAGAAUUUGUUCAACUUCAUCCAUUGUUACCCACGGUCAUGAUAGUUGCUACUGAGAAUGGAUCAUUUGACUUUAUUGAUCUUUCGAACCCAACAUUAAGAAAACAAUACGUUCACCCAUGUCAAUCAAUGAAGCAACUAACUCUCUCACCUAAUGGUGAUCAUUUGGCUAUUCUGGAAUCCAAUAAUUGUCUAAGUACUUGGUCUAGAUCUCCAACCAAUUCAAAUUUCACGAAUAUGCCAGAUAUCUUGGAAUUCCCAGACUUUGCAGAUGAUGGAAUUCAGGGCCCAGUUUCAAUCGAUGAUUAUGACUAUCCAUUAAGUAGUGUUGGAUUACCCUAUUACCACGAAAAAUUAUUGUCUGCCUGGCCUCGUACAAUCUUUAAGAGUCCUGGAACAAUCCCUCAAAGACAAAUUGAUAUGGUCAACUCAAUCGAUAACAACCACACAUUAAUCCUAAAUAAAUUACCAUCCAAUUCUCCACUUGCAAGCCUGGCGUCAGAAAAAUUCCCCUUCUAUCGUUAUGAUAAAAAUAAAUUCGGUCACAGAAACGUUAUGGAGAAGUAUGUUUCUCAGUAUGAUCUAAGAAAAAGGUUAACUUCUGAUAUGAAGCCAGAAGAAUUAUUGAGAUAUAAGGCAGUCAAUGAAUCGGAAAUCCCACCAGCAUUCGCCAGAUUACCGUCGACAUAUGGCCGUUUUGGAUCUACGAGUUUCGAUUUCGAGGCCUUUAAUAAAUCACCCUUCUCUGGAUUGGAUAAAGACGUUGAUAAUUCUUAUACCAAUGCCAUCUUACAAGUUUACAGAUUUGUUCCCGAAAUUUAUAAUUUUGUGGUAGGUUGCCUAAAGGAUGAAAAUCUUGACAGGACUUCUUUAUUAUCUGACCUUGGUUACUUAUAUGAUAUGAUGGCUAGGUCAAAGGGAAACAUUUGCAGUUCAUCGAAUUUUCAAGUUUCAUUGAACUCUAAUGAAGAAGCAUCUGAACUGAAUUUAACUCAAGAUAGUAACUUUAAGAAUGCACCUAACAAAAUUGAAAAUAAUAUUCCAUCUUUAGACCAUUUACAAAUUAAUCAAGACAAUAAUAAAUUGAAAGAAAAUUACGAAAAGCUACAGAAAUCGUUGUCUCAGAGAUUCAAUGAUUUUUUCCUAGGACAAUUGAUUCGAGAUGAAAAGGAAAGCACCGGUCAUAAUAUUGCCUUAGAACAAUGCUUUGGCUUCCAUUUAGAAACAAACGUUAAUGCGUCUUGUAAGGAUUACCCAAGGCAACUUACUGUUAUUCCUACUCUGACCGUAUUAUCACCGACAAGGAAUGGAGUGAAACAGAAUAACAAAAAGCUAAAUAACCAACCGAUUUUAUCAUAUAUCGAGACGUCUAUGAAAAGAAUAAAAUAUAUCAACAGCUGUUGUGAUACUUGUCACAAACAAGAGAUUGUGGAAUAUGAAAGGACUAUCAAGAACUUACCACCUGUAUUAUCAUUGGAACUUGUUUUAACAAAGUCAGAAUGGUCUACUGUAAAAACGAUUAAGAAUUGGUUAUCCAAAGAAUUCUAUGCCACCAUGCUAAAAGAUAAAGCUAUAGUAAGAUCAUCUCCAAACGACAUUAAAUCCACAAAUCAAAUCUUCAAGUAUGAAUUGAAUGGUUAUGUGGCAAGAAUAAAUGAAUCUAACAAUGAAACAAGACUAGUAACCUAUGUCAGAAUCUUUGAUUCCAAGACAAAUUCAUUCAAGUGGUAUAUGUUCAAUGAUUACUUAGUAGUAGAAGUCGACGAAGCUGAUGCGUUGAAUAUUUCAGCCUGGUGGAAAACACCUGAGAUAAUCAUAUAUUGUGAUGCAGAGGAAUUACGUAAACCAUUUUUUUCAGUGGAUACAUACUCAAUUAACUACGACAUCCUAUACAGGGACCAUUUUGCGAAAGGUGUUAAAGAUAAUGUUCGUACCGAAUACAAAUUACUUUCAAAAGCGGAAGCCCCUAAACCCGGAACUUUAAUUGCCAUUGAUGCAGAAUUCGUCAUUCUAAAUAAUGAAUUGAGUGAAAUUGAUUGUAAAGGUGUUAAGACUAUAGUAAGGGCCAAAAAAAUUGCACUGGCUAGAAUUUCUGUUAUUAGAGGUGAAAUAGGAGAAAUGUUUGGUGUUCCCUUUAUUGAUGAUUAUGUUGUCAAUAAUAACCACAUUGAGGAUUAUUUGACACGUUAUAGUGGUAUUCACCCUGGGGACUUGUGCCCAGAAACCAGUUCAAGGCCCUUAGUUACCAGAGAAGUAAUCUAUAGAAAAAUUUGGUUACUUAUGCAAUUAGGGUGUGUCUUUGUUGGUCACGGACUUUACAAUGAUUUUAAGAAUAUAAAUAUCAAUGUUCCAAAAACUCAAAUUAGAGAUACUGCAAUCUAUUUCUUACAAGGCAAAAGGUUUCUUUCAUUAAGAUAUUUGGCAUUUGUACUAUUGGGGCUUAAUAUUCAAGAGGGUGAUCAUGAUUCCAUUGAAGACGCACACACAGCUUUGAUUCUUUAUCGAAAAUAUUUAGAUUUGAAAGAGAAGGGUGCAUUAGAGAAAACGAUAGAAAACUUAUAUGAGGAGGGGCGUGCUUCCAAUUAUAAAGUACCAGAGAAUAUGGCAAAGAGUAGUACCAUUCAAUAA